AUGGGCCACCGUCUGAAAGACUGUAGAACAUUCAAAUCCUAUUCGGUUGACGGACGAUGCCGUUUCGUACAACAGCAAGGUAUUUGCCGGAAUUGCCUGAAUGCACACGGCAGGCGUUCCUGUCGCAGCUCUGGAGUUUGUGGUGUAAACGGAUGCCAGUAUCGACAUCACCCACUGUUACAUUUUCCCCGUUCAGUGGUAUCAGCAGCAGAAAACCAUACACACAGAAUUAUUCCUGUGACGGUACAUGGAGGAGGCAAAAGCAUUUGCACUUAUGCUUUCUUAGAUGAUGGUUCGUCCAUCACGUUAAUCGAAGAUGGACUGGUGAAGCAGUUGGGAGUUGAUGGUGAGGAGCAACCGCUCUGCUUGAAAUGGACGGGUAAUAUGUCGCGUGUUGAAAACAAAUCCCGAACUGUAUGCCUAUCGUUAUCUCGCGACGGUCAGCGUCAUUAUGAGCUGCGAAACGUACGCACCGUAAAAGAGCUCACUCUACCUAGUCAAAGCGUGGAUGUUGAGCGAUUGUCACGCGACUAUCCCCAUCUCCGGGGCAUUCCAGUUCAAGGCUACGAGUCGGCAACCCCACGCUUAUUGGUGGGAAUCGACAACAUAAGGUUAACCGUCCCGCUGAAAACCCGCGAAGGCGGGGUGAAUGAUCCAGUAGCAGUAAAAACCCGCUUAGGCUGGUGCAUAUACGAGGGACAAGCAGAAACUCCACGGACAACGUCUCUUAACUUACACGCUUGUGAUUGUUCAUCGGAUCAAAAUCUGCACGACAUGGUGAAGGAGUUUUUCACGCUCGAAGAUAUCGGGACCCGGUCAACAGAACCCAUGAUGUCGGAUGAGGAGAGAAGAGCGCUUGAUUUACUCAAGCUGACAACCAAAAGAGUAGGAGAUAGAUACGAAACUGGGCUGUUGUGGCGAUUUGAUGAUGUCAAACUACCCGAUAGCUAUGGAAUGGCUAUGAAGCGUCUGGAUUGUCUCGAACGAAGUAUGAAGCGGAAACCUCUACUAAAAGAGAAACUGACAAAGCAAAUCAACGGCUACUUGGCGAAGGGAUACGUUCGUCGAGCUACAACUCAAGAUUUGGAGCAAGCUGACAAUAAGCGGGUGUGGUACCUGCCCAUAGGAGUGAUGUUCAAUCCGAAGAAACCUGACAAGAUGCGGAUGAUAUGGGAUGCAGCAGCCAAAGUACGUGGAAUAAGCUUGAAUGAUAUGCUUCUGAAAGGCCCGGACCAGUUAGCCUCGUUACCUGCAGUUUUGUUACGGUAUCGGCAGUUCGCGUUUGCUGUAAUAGCCGACAUAGCAGAGAUGUUCCACCAAAUUCUAAUUCGUGAAGUGGACCGUCAUGCUCAGCGAUUCCUCUGGAGAAGCAAUCCGUUCGAAGCUCCUGAAGUGUUUUUAAUGAACGUUGCUACAUUUGGGUCAAAAUGUUCGCCUGCGUCCGCCCAAUUCGUGAAAAACCAAAAUGCGAUGGAGUUCGCCGAGGAAUACCCGCGAGGAGUGGAGUGCAUAGUGAAGAACCACUACAUCGACGAUUUGUUGGAGAGCUUUGGAAGCGCAGAAGAGGCAGCAAGAGUUAUGCAAGCGGUUCGAGCAAUCCACAGCAAAGGUGGCUUCAACAUACGUAAUUUCCAGUCCAACAGUUCCGGCGUGCUCAACAGUCUGGGCGAGAAGGAGGAGUCGGAAGUGCGGUGUUUAGGUUCACCGACCGAGGACAAGUGCGAGCGAGUUCUGGGUCUACUCUGGCAUCCACAGGAGGAUCUUCUUGGAUUUUCGAUGUUGAUGCAGCCGGAAAUUCAAAUAGUGAUAACUUCGGGAGCACCGCCUACCAAAAGGCAAGUCCUCAAAUGUUUGAUGAGUUUCUUCGACCCCAUCGGCUUGCUAUCUACAUUCACGGUGCAAGGCAAGAUCCUGUUACAGGCGAUUUGGAAAUCCGGAAUAAACUGGGAUCAAACAGUCAGCAAAGCGUGUCAUGACCGCUGGCGAAAGUGGAUGCAGCUGUUGAAAGACGUGCAACACCUUCGAAUCCCGCGUUGCUACUUCCUGGGAGCCAGUGUUAGCCGUUAUCAGUACGUUGAACUACACGUUUUCGUGGAUGCGAGUGAAGACGCAUUCGCAGCAGUAGCGUAUUUCAGGACCGUUGAUCAGAAAGGGAAAGUCGAGUGUUCACUUGCGGCCGCCAAAAGUAAAGUCGCUCCAAUCAAGCCGAUGUCCAUCCCACGAUUGGAGCUACGAGCGGCUGUUUUAGGGGUCCGAUUGGUGCAGUUUGUUACGGAAGGGCAUUCAAUACAAAUAACAAAGAGAGUGUUCUGGUCUGACUCGACUACCGUACUAUCGUGGAUUAAUUCCCAUGAACGCCGCUACAAGCAGUUCGUGGCCGUGCGUGCUGGAGACAUUUUGACCGAGACUAACGCAGAUGAAUGGAGCUACGUACCAACAAAGAAGAAUAUAGCAGAUACCGCAACUAAAUGGGGAAAAGGGCCAGAACUCAAGGCCGACAGUGAAUGGUUCAGGGGUCCCAAGUUUAUAUGGUGCAACGAAGACCAGUGGCCAGCCAAAUUUGAAUCGCGAAUUGAAGAUGGUGGAGAGGAGCUACGUUCUAUAUUCGUCCAUCAAGAAGUCGCUAAAACCCAGUUAGUGGUCGAUUUGGAAAGGUUUUCCAAUUGGAACCGCGCCCUACGGGCCACAGCAUACACUCACCGCUUCAUAGGAAACACUCGCGCUGCGGUAAAUCGAAAGCAACUGACCUUCGGUAGCCUUACACAAGCGGAGCUAACUCAUGCGUUGGAGUACUUGAUCCGGUCGGUACAAUGGGAAGUCUUUUCGGCUGAGGUUGACGUGUUAAAACAGAAUCAGCAACUUCCGGUUGAAUCACAAGAGCCCCUAGGCCGAUGCAGCAGCAUUUAUCAGUUGUCACCCAUGAUUGACGAGCGUGGAAUCCUACGAGUGGAUAGCAGAAUACAGGCAGCGAAUGUUGCAAGGAAUACCAAAUUUCCUGCCAUUCUACCCCAGAAACAUCGCUUAACCUCUCGCUCGUCGUCGACUCUUUCCAUAGGAAAUACCAUCAUGGAAAUUCGGAAACCGUAG